GAAUUUUGAUUUCGAGGGCUGCAACGUUAGCCGAGCUUGGCUGCGCGUCUGUAAGAUGUCUUCGAAACGGAGUAUUGGCGACACAGAGUACUGAAAAAGAGAAUCCCACAAAAUCCAAAAUAUCAACAUGUAAAAUCGAGGCUUGACACAGGAUCCAGCAUGACAAAAUACAUGGAGAGGUUGGAGGAGAUAAAGAAAAAUUACAGAUAUAGAAAAGAUGAACUGUUUAAGAGGCUCAAAGUGACGACAUUUGCUCAGCUGGUAAUACAAGUUGCUUCAGUGUCUGAUCUGAAUGAAAGCAUAAUGGAUGAAAUUCCUAGACUUGAAGAUGAUGUUUCAGAGUCGGCAGAAACAGAUCGUCUCUCAGAUCAGACCAAUGGCUCACCCCAGCUAACACCUCAACCUGUUCAACUCAUAGAUGGCAAUGAAUCAGGCGACAUUGGCUUUUCUCCUAGAUCCACACUUCAAAGUGUGAUCAGUGGCGUUGGAGAAAUGGAUUUGGAUAAGAAUGGGCAGAAGGCAGUCAGCCUGACUCCAGUGUCCGCUCCCAGCUCUGCAGAGCGCCCCUACUCAGACUGCCCUUACCUGCUGCUGGACGUCCGGGACAGAGACCAGUAUGAUCAGUGUCAUAUCAUCAGUGCACACAGUUACCCUAUUGCAACCCUAUCAAGAACGAUGAAUCCUUACACCAAGGAAGUGCUGGACUAUAAAAACGCCUCAGGAAAGAUCAUCAUUCUCUAUGAUGAAGAUGAAAGGAUAGCAAGCCAGGCGGCCACCACCAUGUGCGAGAGGGGCUUUGAAAAUCUCUUCAUGCUCUCUGGAGGUUUGAAGGUAAUAGCGCAGAAGUUUCCAGAAGGAAUGACGACAGGCUCUUUUCCCAUCUCCUGUCUUCAAUCUCCGACGGGGUCUUCAGGGCGGAAGUAUUCCACACCACGUCAGACGCAGCAACCAGCUGAAAAGAAAUGGCGUUUCUCUUCAGAAGACCUUGGCAAAAUCCAGCAUUAUCUGGAAGAAGUGCUCAUACCUAGUGAGACUAGCAGUCGUCUAAGCAGUAGAAUGUCCACCAGCAGUGCCCACUCUAAAGUGUCCAGCGCUCGGAGUAGUCGCCAGGGCUCGGUGAGUGCCAGGUCACAGAGCAGCCGGCCCUGGAAAUAGCCACCGCCUUCAUCAUCUUCGUCUUCGUCAUCAUCACUGCAGCCCAAAUAAAGCCCAUAUAUUCUGGUACCACAGGAUUCCUGUGAACAUUAGUGAUCAGCACUAAGCCUUUACAUUUACAUGCUUCUAGCCUUAAUGACCUGUAGACUAGCUUUAGGAAUGAUUUCAGUUAUUACUGAAAUAUUUUGACCACUGAUCAUCUCUGACAUGUACUGCUUGAAAUGGAGAUUUUGCAUUCAUGAUUAUUUACAUGGUUAGUUGUAUUUUAAAUCAAUUUUAUCACAUGACACUUAGUUAACUAAAUGUAGAUAAGUGCUUUCCAGCCCUGAUCCUGGAGAACCCCCUACCCUGCACAUUUUAGCGUUUCCCCUGCUCCUAACACACCUGAUCCAACUAAUCAGCUCAUUAACAAGCCCUUGUGGGUGUGUCGAGAGCUGGGAAAACACUAAAAUGUGCAGGGCUAGGGGAUACACCACAUCCAGGGUUCGGAACCUGUGCUGUAGAUGAUGUGAGUCUAUUCUCAUUCCAGUAGAAGCUUAUUUGAACUGCAUUCCUCUGAAACUAAUAAUAUGGAAUGAGUUGGGUGUUAUUGUCUUUUUAGUGAAAGCUUUAAGUCAGUGCAUUGCUUCAGUUCAUUUGAAUGCUUAGAGAUAACAGUGAUUCUCUUUCUAUUUAGGUGAAUUACUUUGUUUCUGAAUGGGCAUGUAUGCUGUACUGCUUAAUUUUUUUACACCCUAGCACUAUGCCUUCCUCUCCAUCUAAACAUUACUUAUUUCAACAGGUCUUAAUGUGGUAUGCAAAUCGAGAGCAAGUGGCAGUUUUUAUCUCCGUGUUUCCCAGUCUUGUCUGCAAAACAGCUGUAGUGUAAAACUCAUACCUCAUAAACACAUACAGCAGACGAGCCUUCCACUGGUGUAGGAUGAAAUGCGUGGUCAAAUAGAAUGUGGAGCUAAUGGAGUUAACUCAGGCUCAUCGCUUGCAGAAGGAUAUGCUAAAGCAUCAAGACAGACCCAGUCCAAGCACUAUAGAAGUCACUCAGUAUUGCUGUGCGUUGCUGUGCCUGUAGUUGUAAAAAAGAGAUGAAGGAACUCAAAGUGCAUUUACUGUAACACAAUUUUGAAAGUGCACUGAAAACCUGUGUGAAGUGCUGGGCUUGCUGGACCAGUUAUUUGUGUGUGUGUGUGUGUGUGUGUGUGUGUGUGUGUGUGUGUGUGUGUGUGUGCCUGUACGCAUGUGAGAAACUUUCAUUUUGUCCAUUGCUUGAUUGAUGGAAGUCAGUUACACUAAUCUUUAACAAACCUUGCUUGAAUGACCAAUGAAGAUUAUAUGAAUGAAAACUACCUGGUUUAUCGUUUGUAUAUUUAAAGUUGAAUAAAGAAAUAUUUUAUACUGUAAA